AUGAUGUCGGACAGUGAAAAGUUGGAUGCUCUAGAAAUCCAGAGGCGAAACUUUGAGGCCCAGUUUGGCUCUUUAGAAGAUAUGGGAUAUAUAGAUAAAACAAAGGUCCGAAAAAGCUCGAAGAAGAAUAAAGAACAUAAUGAUAGUGAAGAUGAUUCUGGAUCAGGAAAUGAUAGCUCUAAUGACAGUGAAUCUGAUAGUGAAGAGUUUAAUGGUUUUAGUGAAAACGAAGAGAAAGGGGAAGACGAUUACGAUGAAAAUGAUACACAGUUAAAGGGACAACCAAAAACAGUUAAGUUUACUGAAAACUUCAAUACAUUCAAAGGGCCAUCUAAAGAUGAACUAAAAAUGGCCAGAGCGGGAAAACCUAUUUCAUUAAAGGAACUUAAGGAGAAACAGAGACUGGCUCUGAAAAAUGCUACCGCUAAUAACUCUGAAGAACAGGAACAUUUGGUCAAUGACUUGCAACUACAGAGAUUGUUGGAUGAGUCCCACCUUUUGGCUGGAUCUUCUGAGAGAUUUUCUGGUGCUGAUCUAUUAGAUACUAUUGACUUUGAAGACCCCAUUGGCAAGGCUAGGCUACGUACAUUGAACGCUCGUGUUCGAAAACUGGCCUCAAUUAAUGGAAAGAAUGGUGGACUGCCUGCUCGCUUGGAGAAGAUGCCCAUGAGUAUGAGGAAAGGUAUGAUCAAAAAGCAGCUUGAAAGAGAAGCUGAAUUUGAAAAAGAAGCUAAGGAAGCUGGUAUCGUCCUGUCAAAGAAGAGGAAAGGCGAAUUUAGAAACUUGGCAACCGGUGACCGUGUUACAAACAAAUCUGAUAGAAUAGGUACGGGUAUCAAAAAGGCCACCAAAAUGAGAGAUAGAGGACUGAAAAUUAACUCCGUUGGAAGAAGCACUCGUAAUGGAUUGGUGAUCACUCCAAAAGAAAUAGCCAAAGUUUCAGGGCCAAGCAAUAAGAGGAAGAAACGUUAG